UUUAAUGUUUAUUUUGAUUUUAUUUUUGUUUGUCUUGUAUUAUUCUACUUUCUAUGCAAAAACAAAGCCUAGUGUAGUGACCGAAAGUUAAAGUAGUGGAGAAAUAAUUAAAGAGGCCUUAAAAACAAUAUAAAACGGUUUUUAUAAGCGAAGAUCAUUAUAUAGGUAUUUUCGAUUAAAAGACCAUCAUUUACUUGUAGCCAAUUUUGCGCAUUUAUUUUUACAAAAUGAUUCGUGACAAAAAAGUUAAAAGUGUUAGAUUCAAUCAAGACCAAGGCUGUUUCACAUGUUGUAUGGAAAGUGGUGUCCGAAUUUAUAAUAUAGAACCGUUGGUUGAGAAGUUACAUUAUGAUAUUGAUGUGGUAGGAAGUGUGUCGAAAUGUGAAAUGUUAUUUCGAACUAAUCUUAUAGCAGUGGUAUCUGGAGGGGCCCCACCAAGAUUUGCUGAUAAUAUUUUAUCAAUUUAUGACAUUUCUGCUAAAAAGAAAAUUUUACAAGUCGUAUUUGCUUCAUCUAUUCGCGCUGUUCGACUUAGGAGAGACAAAAUUGUUGUUGCCUUAUUGAAUCAAAUACAUGUUUUUUCAUUUCCAACUCCAACCCAAAGACUAUUUACUUUAGAAACUAGGGAAAAUUACAAAGGAUUAUGUGAAGUUAGUCCAUUGGUGUCUGCCGAAAAGCAGAUAUUAAUCUUUCCAGGGCACAAACUUGGGAGUCUGCAGUUAGUGGACCUCUGUUGUACAGAAAUAAGCAUAUCAAGUGCGCCCGUUUGGAUUGCAGCCCAUAAAGCUGAAAUAGGUUGCCUUGCAUUAAAUCAGCAGGGAACCAGAGCAGCUACAGCAUCAAUUAAAGGAACGUUGAUUAGGGUUUGGGAUACCGCUACAAAAAAUUUACUCGUCGAGUUAAGACGUGGUACAGAUCCAGCCACUGUAUACUGCAUUAACUUUAGCAGAGAUUCUGAUUACCUCUGUUGCUCUAGCGAUAAAGGAACUGUGCACAUAUUUGCUAUAAAAAAUACAAAUUUAAACAAAAGGAUGACAUUACCUAGUGGAGGAAUGUUAGGAAAAUAUGGAGAAUCUCAAUGGGCUCUAGCAAAUUUCACAGUCCCACCAGAGUGUGCAUGCAUCUGUGCAUUUGGACCCAAUAGCUCCGUUAUUGCCGUUUGUUUAGAUGGCACAUUUCAUAAAUAUGUAUUUACAUCUGAUGGAAUCUGUAAUAGGGAAGCUUUUGAUGUUUAUGUAAAUGUUUGUGAUGAUGAAAAAUAUUUACAGUGGUCUACAGCUCUUUUAUCGCUGCCAUAAGCCACUAACUUAAGCUUAGGAAUGUUGUCAAUAUAAUUCUAGUAGUUUUAAAUAUAAAUUUUUUUAUUCUUGUGUAUAUAUAUAAUUAAUAAUGUUAUUACUUCUGUUUUUUUU